AUGCUGGGUUUUACUGCUUUCACGUUUCUCAAGGAGAAGCUAACCCAAUCACCGAUUAUGAUUACUCCCAAUUGGGAGAAACCAUUCGAGAUCAUGUGCGAUGCGAGCGACUAUGCUGUAGGUGCAGUAUUGGGACAAAUGAGGGACAAAAUCUUCAAAGCCAUUUACUAUUCGAGUCGUACACUUGACGAGGCACGGAAGAAUUAUUCAACGACCGAAAAGGAAAUGCUUGCUGUCGUUUAUGCCGUUGACAAGUUCAUACCCUAUUCGAUACUUGUUCGCAAAGAAGGACGCCAAGCCCAGACUCAUCAGAUGGGUACUCCUACUCCAGGAGUUCGACCUGGAAUCAGAGACAAAAAGGGGAGCGAGAAUGUGGUAGCAGAUCAUCUUUCCAGACUCAUACUAGAAGAAGUUCCAGCCGAAGGAAAUAUUCAGGAAUCCUUCCCAGACGAGCAACUGCUCGCCAUUAGUACUCACACUCCGUGGUAUGCUGAUGUGGCCAACUUCUUGGCCAGUGGAAUCAUUCCUGACGAUCUAUCUUAUCACCAAAAGAAAAAAUUCCUUCACGACAGUCGUUUCUAUCUAUGGGACGAGCCGUUGCUUUUCAGAACCGGCCCCGAUCGUGUCAUCCGAAGAUGUGUUCCGGAAACAGAAGUACGUGAGAUUCUCACACAUUGCCACUCUUCACCUUGUGGCGGGCAUCACGGGGAAUCUCGCACAGCAGCCAAGGUUCUGCAGUCAGGCUUCUUUUGGCCUACCCUUUUCCGAGAUAGUAACGAGUUCGUGAAACGGUGUGAUCGAUGCCAACGAACAGGGAACCUAUCCAACAAAAGCCAAAUGCCUUUGAACAACAUGCAAGAGGUGGAGCUUUUCGAUGUUUGGGGCGUUGACUUCAUGGGACCAUUCCCUUCUUCGAACGGGAAGUUAUACAUUCUGCUUGCCGUGGACUACGUGUCCAAAUGGGUCGAAGCAAUUGCCACCACUGCCAACGAUGCUCUUGGGGAUCCGACACAAAUAGCGCUUGCCUAUCAUCCGCAAACAAAUGGCCUUGCUGAGUUGUCAAACCGAGAAAUCAAACAGAUUCUGGAGAAGACCGUGAGCACGAACCGAAAAGAUUGGGCGUUGAAGCUCGAUGAUGCACUUUGGGCCUAUCGAACCGCAUUCAAGACACCGAUUGGGAUGUCUCCGUACAAACUCGUGUAUGGGAAAGCGUGCCACCUGCCAGUGGAAUUGGAGCACCGAGCAUAUUGGGCAGUCAAAAAGCUCAAUUUUGGUCAAACAGCCACCGGUGAUCGUCGAUUGCUUCAACUCAACGAAAUGGAGGAGUUCAGAAACGAUGCUUACGAAAAUGCCAAGAUUUACAAAGAAAAGACGAAAAAGUGGCAUGACAAAAGGAUUGCAAAGCGAGAGUUCCGGGCAGAUUACAAGACCCAGAUCGCGAUCCAGAAAGCCGGAUCACGAUCUGGGGGGUCCUACAGAGAAGAAAUUGAGGAGGGUUAG